CGACACAAACAACAUAAGGACAGCGACCUGUUGACCGCUUCUCCCUCUCUCUCUCUCUCUUAUUUCCUUCUUACCGAUCCAAAGACCCCGAGUUUCGAAUUCCUUGUCCGUUUCUCUCUCUUUCUCUUUGUCUGUCCGAUUUCAAUUUAGGUAUUUUCGAGCUCUUCGAACGAUCAUGGCGAUCAACAACAGCAACGACAACAAUAGCCACGAGGAAUCAAGCCCUCUGCUUGGCAAUCAAGUCGAGGGAGCUGAGAGAAUCGACGAGAAGCCUCUGAAGGCUUCGCCGGAGGCAAAACCGACGGCGAAAUCUCCGGCGCCGGAGGAAUGGACCGCCGAUGGACUGCCGUUAGGUCACGGGAGCGUGGUUGGGGAGCCGAUUGGGAGGACUCAGUGGGACUCCAGCCUCUUCGCUUGCCUCGGACGCAACGAUGAGUUCUGUAGCAGCGAUCUUGAAGUUUGUCUUCUUGGAAGCUUGGCUCCUUGUGUACUGUAUGGAAGCAAUGUUGAAAGACUUAGAUCGAGUACUGGGACUUUUGCCAAUCACUGUUUACCUUACUCGGGCUUGUAUCUUCUUGGGAAUUUCUUUUUUGGUGGAAACUUACUUGCUCCGUGGCUUUCAUAUCCCAGCCGUUCUGCUAUCCGUAGGAAGUUUAACCUAGAGGGCAGCUGUGAAGCGCUUAACAGGUCAUGUGGGUGCUGCGGUAGCUUUGUGGAAGGUGAAUGGCAACGCGAACAGUGCGAGACUGCAUGCGACUUCGCAACUCACAUCUUCUGCCACACAUGUGCCCUUUGCCAGGAAGGCCGUGAGCUUCGUCGCCGGCUGCCUCAUCCAGGAUUCAAUGCUCAAGCAGUGUUGGUUAUGAUUCCUCCAGCAGAGCAGACGAUGGGGCGUGGAGCUUGAUGGUAUCUGCCUGGACGUGAAAGAGUUGUGCCUUUUUAAGUGUGAUGAUAUGAUACCUAUAAUUGUUUAGUCACUGUCUUGUCUGAUCUGGAUUUCUCGUUUUUCCUCUUUUAUAUACUUGGUUUCUCGCCUAGACAUAAAUAACAUGAAACUAUUUACUUCUGGAUAUUUGAUGUUUAUAAAGUAAAUAAUAUGUAUUAUGUGUUGCUUGUUUUGGGAUA